AGGCCAUGGAGCAGGUCGACCUCGAUGAGGACGUAGACGAGGCAGAUUAUGACGAACAAGACGAAGAGUACUGGUGUGCCGAGAAUUUCCGCGAUGGUCCGGCCGCACUAAAGUUCCUGCGGCAGUCGGAUGCUUCAGAUCGUAGCCCUCAGAGGAAGCCUGGUGACGCUGCCCCUGCUGAUGGCGAUGCACCUGUUCCCGAUGCAGCGGGCAAGAAGUCUGCGAAUGCAAGCCCCCUGCCCACUGCUUCAGCUCCUGUCGCCGGCACCACGCCAUCGGUGACGGCGGCGAAGAGGUUCCGGUACAGGCAGGUGAUUCUGCCGUACGCCUCAACGUCGACAUGCCAGGAUCCGCCUGAGCCUGUGCCGAGCCCCUUUGUACAUGCGGACUUGCCAGAAUCGUCUGGCGGUAGGUCCACUGCUAGAACGAACGAGGACAUCUAUGUUGAGGCCCAAGAGUGUUUCAAAUAUCGCUGGUCUAACAUAUUCCCUUGGCUCAUGCUUUUGAAAACUGAUGAUGGGCUCCCGACCUUCAAGUGUAGUGUAUGCGCAGUGCAUGCAGGACCUGCAGGGCGUACCGGCAAAUCGGGCAAGGGAGCAAAGGACGUGCAGACACAGUCGUUCAAGAAGCACGCCGGAAUGCAGAAGCAUCGCCUCGCCAUGUCCAAGCAGGACGAUCUCCUGCAACAGGUGUCUAACCAGCAGCGGAUCGACCUGCAUCCCCGCGCGGCCGACGAAGAGAAGGAGCGAGUCAUCGCGCUGCUCGACUCCCUCUACUUCUGCGCCAAGUGUAACGAACCCAUGGAAACUUGGAUUCGUUUGGUGCGAUACCUCUCAUCGCGCAGUUUCAAGGGCUUCCCGAAGUCUGCCUACGGCACAGAGGCGCUGGCGGCAAAGGCUGCUGCUGAGGAGAUCCCUGUCUUCAGCAUGGUUGACGGCAUCAUUUGCGAGAUCGCUGAGCUGCUCGGUCGCUCCAACCCUUGGCAUCAACGAUUCUUCGAGCUCCAGGAGGUGUUCAUGUCGACGAACCCCGAGCUCCAGGGCAUCCACAACAUCCGCUGGCUGUCGCGCGGAGAUGCUGUCAUCCGCCUGGUCGAGCUCCUACCAGCCAUCAUGGUCAUGCUGCAGGAGUACGACGCCAAGCUGUAUGCGCUCGUCACCAGUUACCGCUUCUGGCUCCUCCUGAUGUUCCUCGCCGACGUGCUCGAGCUGCUGAACGUGCUCAACAAGCUGGACUACACAACGGUGCACACGCAGAUCAUCCGCACGACCUCGCUGCUAGAGAGCCGCUACGUGGACUGCGGAGACGACUUCACCGGCGGGCCCAACGAUCGAUUGACGCGGUUCCUCGCCAAGCACGGGCCCGGCAAGUCCAAGCUAGUGACAGUGGAGGGGAUUGACUCCGAUGGCCGACCUUCACGGUUCACCUUCGAGCUGCACGAAGAGCCCCAAGAGGACUACCCGGGGCCCAGCGACCACGAUGGGAGUGUCGUGGCGUGCAUGGCUCUAGCGGAGGGCCUGGUCCGCAACCUCGACGAGCGCCUAGGCGAUCUGCGGCAGCUGUCGGGAGCGCGCCUGUUCAGCGUUGACACAUGGCCGCCCAACUGGGACCGACACGCACGGAGGACGCAGUGCCUCGAGUGGUUCAACUCGCUCGUGGUCAUCUACCGCGCUGAAGACAGGGACGAAAUUCUGCCAGGUAUAGACAAGGGCAAAGCCUAGAGCGAGCUCCGCAACUUCGUUCCCGUCCUUGCUGCGCUUCCCAAGGCGGACAGGUCAUUCCACGCGGGGCUGAGCGCCAUGCUAAAGACGCAGGACUGGAGGGACAGCUACCCCAACCUGGUCAACUUGUGGGUGGCGGUGGCUGUCCUUCCAUUGAGCACUGUCGAGUGCGAGCGCGGGUUCUCCCGCCAGAACGUCAUCAAGAGUUGGCUGCGGGGGGCUCUCAAGGAUACUAGGCUAGGAGAUCUGAUGUGCAUGUCGCAGUUAGAGUAUGACCCCGACUGGCAAGAGGUGGUCUCCAUCUGGCGGGCUUAUAAGAAGAGGAAGCCCCUUAGCAACGCCCUCCCCGAGUCUUGUAGUAGCAGGAAGGGAAAGGAGAAAGUAGAUUAUGAUAAUGAUAUGCCGAUAGCAC